UUUUUCUUUGAGAAACAAUGGCCCACAACGUAAAAGAAGAAAAUAUUUCCUUUUCGGAUCACGACUAUGUUCCGCCGUUGGAUGAGCAAUUGGAUGAGAUAAAUUUGGACAAUGUUUUUAUUGACGUGGAGAAUGUUGAGAGUAAUGAGACUGUUACUUCGAGAAGGACAAUUAAAAAACCGCAAAUAUUCACUAUGGAUAAACAGGAGAAACAGACAAAGAAACGAAAAGCGCCAAAAAGUGGAAAUGUUGGAAGGAAGAAUAUUAAGAAGGAAGUCCCUCAAUAUGAGGUUAAUUUGA